GCAAGUGUGUAAAAGUUUUAGCCAGUCCAAGUAGACCGUGCGCCUCGACGCACCGCUCAGACAGCCGGAGAGAUGGGAGCCACACAAACACACUCCGAGUACCAAUACGAGAACAUGGUGGGAAAAACUGGAUUUUCAACCGAGCAGAUUAAAAACCUGCACAUGCGAUUUCAGCAGCUGUGUGGAGAUGGCAAAAAACUAAGAAAAGAACACCUGGAGAACAUACCAACUCUCGCCGAUAACCCCAUCAAAACGGAAAUUAUCGAGGCGUUCUUUGAUAAAAGGAACCAGCGUAAUAAUGAGUUGGGAUCAUAUGAGGAAAUCGGCUUUGAGGAGUUCCUCAUGGUCAUGUCCCACUUCCGUCCUCCAAGUAUUAAAACAUCAGCGGAGGAGAAGGCGGCAAUGAGAAAACAGAAGGUUCGCUUCCUGUUCAACAUGCACGACACCGACGGUGAUGGCAAAAUUACGCUGGAGGAGUACAGAAAGACUGUCGAGGAACUUCUUUCAGAAAGUGAGUCCAUUGGGCAGGAAGUUGCUAGGGCGAUAGCAGAUGCUGCCAUGCUGGAGGUGGCGAGCACAAAUGUGCCCAACAUGGGCCCGGAUGACUUCUACGAAGGAAUUACAUUGGAACAUUUUGAACAGAUUCUAAAAGACCUUGAAAUGGAGUCCAGGAUGUAUGUUCGCUUUCUGGAUAUGAACACCGCUAAUCUGCGUUGUGGAAAAUAACCCACCUGAGGGAAUUGUUGGUCUAAGGAACUCUUGAUGUUGCUGCUGUUUUUAGCAGAACCACCUCUGUCCUUAAAAGGGAAAAAGCAAAACGCUUUUUCAAGCACUAACAUGUUUUCAAUAUAAAAAAUUUGUAAGAUCCUCAAAACUGCAGGCUACUUGUGAACUUAAGGUUUGAUAAUAGAAAGCCUUUUUAUUGCUGUAUGUUAGCAUGUAGAGCAGUUUAGAUAUUUUAAAACUCCUCAAACUUUUCUUAGUUUUAUUGCAUUUCGUUAUAUUUACUAUGACCUCACACUGUUGCUUUGGAAAUUACUACUGUGCAACAUGAAAGAUUUUUACCUUGAAACAAAAGGUUGACACAUAAGAUGAAGUAUGUUACGGGUGAUCUACUGUGCUGAGCAUUUGGACGACAGGACCAGUCCUCCUCAAAAAUCAGGAUACAAUAUUUUAUGUUUUUACUACUGAAACUGUACAUAAUAAACCACUACUGUUAUAAAAGAAUAAAAACAACACUAAUUUUGA